CUCAGACAGUCGCUGGAAAUAAUACGAAGAGGAACAUGUCUUCAGUUCAUGGGAAUAUGCGAGUCGGGGAUCUGAAUCAUUUCCAGAUGUAUCACGAGGGACCUUUGCAGACGAACAGCAUGGUGAACUCAGAUUAUGGAGCUCCAGAUGUGACCAACUACUUCAACUCUGCGAACUCAGCGCCACGGGCAGAGAAAUGCGUGGCAAUACUGACCCACAGGAGAAAGAGGACUAACUUCACCCAGCAGCAAAUCGAGGUGCUGGAGAAAGUUUACUCGGAUACUAAAUAUCCUGACAUCUACCUGAGGGAGAGACUGGAGGCUCUGACCGGGCUUCCUGAGUCCAGAAUUCAGGUGUGGUUUCAGAACAGAAGGGCCAAGUCUCGUCGCCAGGUGGGCUCCUCAGGGUCCAUGAAGGUCCCCACACUGCCAGCAGCGAGCCCAUUCAGCCAGCUCCAGAGCAGGAUGGGCCCAGAGAAAGUGUAUGACAACAAUCAUGGAGCCGAGGCCCACAGGAUUGCAGGUUUUGGACUGGAGGACAGUUUCAGACCUUCCAUGCACCAGAGCACAGAUGACCCUCACAGAACCAGCAUGCCCGCCAAGCCCAGCAGCUACGACCACACGCCUGCCUCCUGCAUCUACGACAAAGAGGGGUCGAGAGCAAAGCCUGAUCAGAUGCAGCGACACGAGCUGAGCGUCAACGUGCCGUGCUGUAACGUCCAUCUGUAUCCCAAAGAGAACGAGCAUCAGCCCAAGAUGGAAGCCAACAUGCCCGCCAACCAGGGCCCGAAGGUUCUGGUGGAAUAUGACAACUUCCCCCCCAACAAGACCAUCGGCCCAGAGAUGAAAGUUGUGAUUCCUCCCAUUCCCUCGCAGAAUAACUUCAGCAGGUCAUCGCCGAAGGAUAACGGAUGCCAAAUCCAGUAUCCAUGCGUGAUGUCCGCAGGAGAUCGGUUCAGCCACUUCUCCCCGAUCCACGCCCCCGAGGCGCAGGACUUUACCGACUCUGACUCUGACUGGGACAGCGAUGCCUUGGCAGGCUUUGGUGGCUUUAUGUGAUGUAUUAUAACAGCUGAUAUAUAUAUACAGCUACGUGUAUA